AUGAUGACCAUGCAUCCGAAUUACUAUGCGUCUCGUGCAGAUGCGCGUAUCGCAGGCACCUUGAUGCCCUCACAGUUGGCUAUGUUUCCACAAUCCUCCCUAAUGUCUACACCGAAUCACGGUCAAAGUCUUCAAGAACUUAUUCUCCCACCUCUGCGUGGUAGUCCUAAUACAACCCAAUCCGGACCAGAACUCCUGUCAUCCAAUGAGGAUGUGAAUUUGUCUGGAAAUCGACAAAAUGUACCCGAGGAUUAUACAUCAUUUCCACCCCUGAAUAAACAAUUUGAUUCACGACGAAUCAAACAGACCACAGAAAUGGCUCGGUUUCCCAGUAAUUCAGCGGCUGCUGCUGCGGCAGCAGCAGCUGCGGCCACAACAACUAUGCAGCUCAACGAAUGGCUUUCCGCAGCUGAGGCUCAGAAUAUGUCUAGGAAAACUGAUCACAAUUUAACAAAACAUCUGGAAUCCCCGAACCUCCUGCCGACUGACUGUUCACCUAGCCCUUUGAGGGGUGGCCCUGGGUUUACCGCAUCCAGUCGUCAGUCACCAGCUGAUUCUUCUCCAUCACCGACAAAUCACCCAAGUCUAUCUGAACUCACCUCCAACUCGUCCAAUCCGAAUGCCAGUAGUUCGGCGAAUAACAGCAGCAGUAGCAAUGCUGCCGCCGCUGCUGCCGCCGCUGCGGCUGCCAGCCUCCUACCUCCAUUGCGGCGUGCAAACGACGCCACCCCGGAUACUCCAGUAUCUCAGACACGCAACGGUCCGAAGGAAUUAGACUAUCUCCUGGCAGCAAAUGCAGCAGCAGCAUUGGUGCAUCAGCUCGGCGGCUCCACAAUGAACGGACUGGGACCGAAUCAAUCAUUGGAUUCUUUGGGUCCAACCGGAUUUGCCAGUCUGAAUCGGGAUGUGCAUUCUGCGGAGUCAGAUAGACGACAUGCAUUUCAGUUUCCCUACGAUAGUCCCCAAACAUCUCACGGACAACACCAGCAGCAGCAGCAACAACAGCAACAACAACAACAAUCCCUUCAUCAUCAGUCGCAACAAGCAGCACAUCUUCAGCAAAGUGGGCUGGUAGCGCAACAGCAACUCCAGCAACGUUCACCGGGAAAUGAAAACAAAUACUUGUCUUCUACGGGAAUGAAACCCAGUCCGGCCGGAAUAAUUAAUCCAUUCAACAGCGCCAGUCUCAUGCAGCAAUCCAUGGUGUCCGCAUCUUCCUUUGUCAAUCCGUUGUUAUCUCGGGCUAACCCGUUCUCUACGUCUGGGGAUAAAUUCAAUCCCUAUGAAUCAAACUCAAACUUUUAUUCACAAUCAAACUAUCCGAUUGCCCAAUCAUUGGUUUCGUUCAGUUCCCCGGUUCCUUCACGUGCACAACCAGCACAUUCGUACAGCUCCGGUGCUGGAAGUCCAAACACAAAGUUCAUGUCCGGAAUCCGAGAUAGUCACUAUCCAAUGUUGUUAUCCGGUGGUCCAAAUGGCAAUACUGUCUGCACGAAUUCCAUGUUUCGACCACUGCUGAGUACUGAUAACGCUGGCUAUCUGUCCGUUCCGACAGAUGCAGUUCCUCAACUCUCAUCUGGUUUGAUGCCAAAUGCCCUAGACGCAGUUGGUCUGGGUGGUUCUGGCUCAUUAGAUCCGCAACAAUCGCAUCAUUCUCACCCUCAUCACCAACUAUCUCCACAUAGCGGUAUGAAUGGGAGUGUGGGUUGUGUUACUCCGACCGGUCGUUCGAUGUCUGGAGCCACAGAGCCCGGUGUGGUUGUUUAUCCGUGGAUGAAUCCUAAAGGCUCUGUCCCGUUGGCUCUUGAACCAGUCAGCAUCGAGUUGAUGGCAAGCUCCGUUUUCCUGUUAACGGGACUCCUACUUGUUGUGUUGGCUCCUGAUGUGUUAUUGGCCAUCCGUGAAGCUUUGUCAACAUCACUGUUCCAUGCAGCUUUUCGUAAACCGAUUAGUUCUCAGAGUCCGCAACUUAAUGAGGCGACUACGGCUCGUUCAAAAUAG